AUGACGGGCAAUUCAGUCAUACCUAUAUGGGUGGACUGCGAUCCUGGUCAUGAUGACGCAGUCGCUAUUUUAUUGAGUUGUUUCCAUCCAAGCAUAAGAUUAUUGGGCAUAUCAGCAUCGUACGGAAACGCUUCCCCAGAAAACACAUUGUACAAUACCCUUUCUUUACUUACAGCUUUUGGGAAACAGGAUGAGGUGCCUGUGUACAAAGGUGCCCAACGUCCUUGGGUUAGAGAUGUUGCAUACGCCCCAGAUAUUCAUGGGGAGACUGGAUUGGACGGUACGACGUUAUUACCAAAACCAAAAAGGUCAUUUGUUGAUGCUGACUACAUAAAAGCUAUGGAAAAUGCUAUACUAGCAAACGGAGGGAAUAUUGCCUUGGUUUCUACAGGAACUCUAACAUCGAUAGCUACUUUGUUCAAGGAAAAGCCAUAUUUAAAGGAACAGGUUAGAUAUAUCUCCAUAAUGGGGGGUGGCCUACACGCAGGAAACCGUAAUGAUAAUGAUUCUGCGGAAUUCAAUAUUUGGGCAGACCCUGAUGCUGCAGAUUUUAUCCUCAAUGAUGAAGACAUUAAGCAUAAAUGCAUUCUCUCUCCGUUGGAUUUAACGCAUACCUGUAUUGCCACUGAAUAUAUAGACAAGACUAUCUUGGGAGAUGGAUCAUGCAAACUUAGAAAGCUCUUUUAUGAACUAUUUUUGUUCUUUGCGAAAACUUAUAAAAACAAACAAGGGUUCGAAGCUGGUCCACCGGUACAUGAUCCUGUCACACUGAUGCCAUUAUUAUAUUUAUAUGGUCAUAUUUCGAAUGAUAUUUUGAGGUUCAAGUAUGGAAGGUUUGAUUUGUCAAUAGAUAAGAACCAAGAUAGCAUAAACUAUGGUCGCACCAUUGUUACACAAGAGUACCCUUCCGAUUCAAAUUUUGGCUUAAUGGUGGGUCUGCAGAUUAAUGUGGAUUUCUUUUGGAAUCAGGUAUUGAAUGCAAUUGAUGUAGCAGAAAACUAUCCAGGCUCUCUUUGA